AUGGACUUGUUUAUGAAAAGACCUGAAACUGCCAUUACAAGAAACAAAAAGGAGAAAUUGAGGCAACAGAAUAUCAAGGAAGCAUGUAAUAAGGAAGUGGUUCGUAUAGUUCAUCGAUACAUAGCCCGGUGGUUCUACCAAGCUGGGAUUCCAUUGAAUCCAGUGAGGUUGAAGAGUUUUCAAGAAAUAUUGUGGGCUGUUGGAAGCUUUGGUCCUAAUUUACCUACUCCCACUUAUCAUGCUCUAAGGGUGCCACUCCUUAAUAAGGAAUUAGAAUACACCAAAGACUUGUUGAAGGGUCAUAAGGAACAAUGGAAAAAGUAUGGCUGCUCUAUUAUGUCAGAUGCUUGGACGGAUAAGAGACAACAGAGCAUUAUCAAUUUUCUUGUAAACUCGCUUACUGGGACAAUAUUUUUGAAGUCUAUUGAUGCCUCUGAUUAUGUGAAGAUGGGUGAAAAAAUGUUUGAGCUUCUUGAUGGUAUUGUUGAGGAAAUUGGGGAGCAAAAUGUUGUUCAAGUUGUAACUGACAACGGGAGCAACUAUGUUCUAGCUGGUAAGUUGCUGAUGGAGAAAAGACCGAAUUUGUUUUGGACCCCGUGUGCUGCCCAUUGUUUGAAUUUGAUGCUUGAAGACAUUGGGAAGUUACCAUUAAUCCAAAAAACCAUAAAAAGUGCCAUUUCUUUGGUUAGCUUCACUUAUAGCCACUCUAGCACUUUAUCCAUGUUGAGACAAUUCACAAAUGGCAAGGAAUUGGUGAGGCAUGCAGUCACCCGAUUUGCCACCUCAUUUCUCUCUUUGGAAAGGCUUUAUGAGGAGAAAGGAAAUCUAAGAAGAAUGUUCACUUCGGAUGAGUGGGUAAGGAAUAAGUUGUCAAGGGAGGCAAAGGGGAGGGAGGCAACAAAGUUGUUAUUAGGCCCUCCUUUUGGAAUCAUGUCAAGUACACCCUUAAGAUCAUGGGGCCUCUUGUUCGGAUGGAAUUGCCAACUUCAUCGUCCGUUGCAUGCAGCUGGUCAUUUUCUGAAUCCGGAGUUAUUUUAUGAUAAUCCUCGCAUUGAAUUGGAUUUAGAAGUUACAAAGGGAUGGUUUGAGUGCAUCACUAGAUUGGUGCCAAGUAUAGCUGUGCAAAAGAAGAUAUUGGAGGAGCAAACACUAUAUAAGGCCGGCUAUGGACUUUUUGGAUCAUCCUUUGCAAAAUCUCAGAGGAAAAAGAUUUCACCCGCAUUUUGGUGGCGGACAUAUGGGCAUGAAGCUCCAAACAUGCGAGACCUUACUAUCAAGAUCUUGAGCUUGACUUGUAGUGCUUCUGGAUGUGAGCGCAAUCGGAGUAUAUUUGAGCAUAUUCAUACUAAGAAAAGAAAUAGGCUUGAUCAUGAAAGGAUGGAGAGCUUGGUCUUCAUAAAGUAUAACCAACAACUCAUCGAGAGGUACAACCUUAAAGAUGAAGUUGACCCUAUUGCACUCAAUGAUAUUGAUGAGUGUAAUGAAUGGUUAGUGGGAGAAAUUGGGACUGCCACCUUUCGGGAUGAUGAUAAUAUGGAUGAUAAAAAAAAAAAAGAACCUGCAACUGCAAGAGGUGGUGCAAAGGGUGGACCAAGUGGGUCUAAGGCUUCAAAAAAAGGAAAAGAAAAAGCAGUAAUUGUGGAAGCGGAAGAAGAACCCGAAUUUAAAGAUGAAGAUGAUUCUGAAAAUGAAGAAGAACAAGAAGAGGAGAUUCAAUUCAAUGAUACUGAAUCAGAGGAUGAUGAGGGGGUAGAGGGACACGAUAAUAAUCGUGUUAAUUUGGAUGAAUUUGAUGAGAGCUAG